AUGUCGUCAAAAAGAUUAAAUGCUAAUUAUGAGGGAAAGGAACGACUGGAAACGGAGUUGAGAUCAGGAAGGAUCAGUGAAAAUGAAUCUAUGUGUCUGACAUUAUUAUUAUUAUUAUUAUUAUUAUUAUUAUUAUUAUUAUUAUUAUUAUUAUUAUUAUUAUUAUUAUUAUUAUUAUUAUUAUUAUUAUUAUUAUUAUUAUUAUUAUUAUUAUUAUUAUUAUUAUUAUUAUUAUUAUUAUUAUUAUUAUUAUUAUUAUUAUUAUUAUUAUUAUUAUUACUAUUGCUAUUAUUACUAUUAUUACUAUUGCUAUUAUUAUUCUUAUCCUUAUUAUUGGCAAUAUGA